CAUUCCAGCUCGAUCUUCCGGUUUUAAGAGAAAUGUUUUCGAACUUUUGUAUGCGGAUUCACGUCGUGUUGCUGAGAUUGAUGGUUUUGAGUGAGCGGAUGUCAGGAUUACUUGAAAAAAAAUUCCGUUUUUUUUGGGCGCUUCGAUGGGAUGAUGAAGGUUAACUUGGACAGCCGAUUGUUUUUUUCCUACAUCUUUGUGGUUUCAUUAAUCUAGAGAUGCUUAGUACGGUCCCAAGGUUAGAUUUUUUAUUGGACGCUCUAUUUAGGCUUGAUUGAAGGUCCAAUCACUUUAGUCUCUGGUGGCUACCGAUUUUGGUUGUGGUUGAGCUCUUUAGGGAAAAGGUACAUUUUUUUGCUCCAAAAUCGGGACAUCAGAUAAUAGAGAUACCUCUGCUUUUUCCCCCCCUCCUCCAUUUGAUUCCUUUUAAAAGGCAUAUGUUGUAAAAGGAGUCAUUUCUAGUCUUACUUCUUUACAAGUCUUAAGCUUGAUUCUUCCGUUCGUUGAUUUAUCCGUCAGAAGAAAAUUCCGUCUGAUUGUGUUAUCAUAGCUCAGAGAGAACUAUUUGUCUCCCCACUGAUUCUUUUUGUGUGAUUGCCAUGCUACUUCUUUUUGUUGGUGCCAAGAUCAGGAGUUCCCCAAGCUUAGUGUGAGUUUGACUUGUAUGGGGAUAGGAUGCCUGAGCUGCAAAGUGGAAUGCGACAAGGUCGUUUGAGAUCAAAGAAACUUGAAGAUAUUCCAGCUCCAUCACAGCUCCGAGCAGAAAGCCCGGUAUUGCCGGCCACAAAUCGAAGGCGUGGUGUCGCUGGGAGGGGAAGAGCCUCCAAGACUGCAGCAGUAGCUAAAGUGCCUCGACCAGCACCAGGCCGUCGGGCAGUUGGUGGGAGAGGGAGAGGCAUCCAGCUGAUUGAUUUAGACCCUCCUGAUCAGCCUUGCGAGAUGCUGCCUAGGGCUGCUCUAGGAGGAGUCGUUCAGCCUGUGCCUGGUGUUGCGCAGGAUUUCAUUUUGAACCAAGAAGCUGAGCGAAUUCCUGCAAAACUUGCAGAUUUGGCAAUGAAUGGUGGAAGUGCUGAAAAGGCUAUAGGAGUUGAGGAUGAAGCUACUACAACUCCUGUCCCUGAACAGGUCCAAGUAGGUAAUUCACCUGUAUAUAAGGUAGAAAGGAAAUUGGGGAAAGGAGGCUUUGGCCAAGUGUAUGUUGGCCGUAGAGUAUCUGGUGGAACGGAACGAAUGGGUCCAGAUGCUUAUGAGGUGGCUCUUAAAUUCGAACAUCGAAGUAGUAAAGGUUGCAACUAUGCCCCACCAUAUGAGUGGCAAGUAUACAACACUCUUAAUGGGUGCUAUGGAAUUCCUUGGGUUCACUAUAAGGGACGUCAAGGAGAUUAUUAUAUUCUGGUUAUGGAUAUGCUUGGUCCUAGUCUUUGGGAUGUCUGGAAUUCUGUUGGUCAAACAAUGACCCCAAAUAUGACUGCCUGCAUAGCUGUGGAGGCCAUUUCAAUUCUGGAGAAACUUCACUCAGAAGGAUUUGUGCAUGGAGAUAUUAAACCAGAGAACUUUUUACUCGGACAGCCAGGAACUGCUGAUGAAAAGAAGCUUUUCCUUAUUGAUCUUGGUUUGGCAUCAAGAUGGAAAGAAACUUCAUCUGGCCAGCAUGUUGAAUAUGAUCAAAGACCGGAUAUUUUUAGGGGAACAAUCAGGUACGCAAGCGUACAUGCACAUUUAGGACGUACAGGUAGUAGGAGGGAUGACUUGGAAUCAUUAGCCUACACAUUGAUAUUUCUCAUUAGGGGAAGAUUACCUUGGCAAGGUUACCAGGGAGAUAACAAGAGCUUUCUUGUUUGUAAGAAGAAAAUGGGUUCGCCUGCAGAACAACUAUGCUGUCUCUGUCCAGCCCCAUUCAAACAAUUUCUAGAGGCUGUGACAAAUAUGAAAUUCGACGAAGAACCAAAUUAUUCAAAGCUUAUUUCUCUCUUUGAUAGUUUGAUUAACCCAUGCACUUUCUUGAGACCUAUCAGGAUUGAUGGAGCUCUAAAGGUUGGGCAGAAACGAGCUCGAUUGCUUGUAAACCUUGAAGAGGAUGAGCAACCUAAGAAAAAGUUCCGACUAGGAAGCCCAGCAAGUCAGUGGAUUUCUGUUUACAAUGCUAGGAGACCCAUGAAACAGAGAUACCACUAUAAUGUAGCAGAUGGAAGACUUCAACAACAUAUAGAAAAGGGAAUGGAAGAUAAUCUAUAUAUCAGUUGUGUGGCAUCUUCUGCAAAUCUCUGGGCCCUUAUUAUGGAUGCAGGAACAAACUUUUCUUCCCAGGUUUAUGAAAUAUCACCUGUAUUCUUGCAUAAGGAGUGGAUUAUGGAGCAAUGGGAGAAGAAUUACUAUAUAAGUGCGAUAGCUGGUACAAACAAUGGGAGUUCAUUAGUUGUGAUGUCCAAAGGAACCACUUAUACUCAGCAAUCCUAUAAAGUUAGUGAAUCAUUUCCUUUUAAGUGGAUCAAUAAGAAGUGGAAAGAAGGAUUUCAUGUUACAUCCAUGACUACGGCAGGGAGUCGCUGGGGGGUAGUCAUGUCAAGGAACUCUGGCUACUCUAACCAGGUAGUAGAAUUGGAUUUCCUUUAUCCCAGUGAAGGUAUCCAUCAAAGAUGGGAAAGAGGUUAUAGAAUAACUUCUACUGCGGCUACUCCUGAUCAAGCCGCUUUGAUUUUGAGCAUACCAAAAAGGAAAAUGAUGGAUGAGACACAGGAAACACUUCGAACUUCUUCCUUCCCAAGCAAUCACGUGAAGGAAAAAUGGGCAAAAAAUCUCUACAUUGCUUCCAUAUGCUUCGGUCGAACAGUGUGCUGAUACUUGAGCUGGCCUACACUUCUGAGACUGAAAGGAAGCAUAUUGAAGUUGCUCUAACUCGAAAAAGUCUUCAGCGAAGUGCAUCAUACAUGUUUUCUGGCGUCGAUGUUCAUCAUGAGUUGAAUCAAGAAAUGAAACAGGGGCUAGCUGGUAUCUUCUCACCCUGUCAUCUAAUGUGUGUUCUAGAAUUCGAUUCUGGUAGUGGCUACAGAUCCGAAAAUACGAAACCUAAAUGUUUUGUUGCCUCAUCUGUAAUGCAACUGAGAACAAAGGUCAGGCUUUCAGUCUAUGUGGCACUGGUUCUCACCCAAGUGAAAUGGAAAAAAAGAGCUAUUUUGGUUUCUGUAUUUUCAAGAACAUUUUGUUGUUAAUAAUUAGUGAUGGAUUACUAUUUAAAUAUGAUAUGAAAUUAAUGGUUCCCAUUUAUUACAA